CACACUAGGCUGUCACAUACAUACAUAGUACUAGUCCCUGAGAACUAGCUACUAAGUGAGAAAGUGCAGCAUAUAUCUAAGUGAGAAAGAGUAGUACAGCAUAUAAUAAGCCCACCAAGCUAGAUCGCAACUGCAGGACUGUUGUUGCAUUCACUCAGUGCAGUGUGACCUCAGACCAAUUUUUUAAAGCAACACACAGCAAGUUUGCAAGCAGUCAAAGGGUUCAGUCUCACUGCAAGAUGCUCAGACUAGGAUCUCUCCUAGUACUCUUCAGUAUUCUACUGGCUACUGCUCAUGGAGAAGCGGAAGCGAGGUUCGAAGAAAAGUAUGAUACAAAUGUGGUCCCACUUGAGUUCUUGACUUUCUCCAGUGGAAACGACGACAUGGAAAUAAUGUUUGGAUACGAAAUCAUCGAGUACAUCCACAAAGAAAGAAUGAAAUGUGAAAUUUUAAACAAAAAAGAAGAGUUGAAAUUCAUAGAUAAACUCGAUAAAUUGACGCGAUAUUUCAAGCAGACCAAGCAGACUGUAAAUCAGCCUGAAUUUGAAGAGCUAGCUUUUGAAAAUAAGAAAGACGUCGAGGCGAAUUUUCGGAAAGCGUUCAAAGAUAUCGAAGUGAACCAUUACCGUAAACUGAGUCGUAUGCAGACUCGCUGCGAUGACGAUAUAAAGCUUUACAUGGACGACAGGCUUCAACUGGUCAUGGAUUACGCCACCACACAACUUCAAGUUGAUAAAAUACGAUUUUCUCAACUGUUAUUUGAGAUGUCUGAAUAUCAGAGCCAGCUUCAGAAUGGACUCAGCUCUUGCAUUACUUAUAUGGAGAAGAAUAACAAGAGGGAGCAUUUCGAGCGAGCUGGUAUGUACUACGAUCUUUGCUACGGCACCGAAGUUAUCAUCCUGAUUGAGUUCAUCACUAAGUUCAACACUCUAGCAGAGCAGCUGGCACAGGAACCCAAAGAGAAGGUUAUAGUACAGUUGCCUGAGAAGCCAGUUGUCAACGAAAUACCCACGAACGUAAUUGUGAUAGAGCCAAAACCAUCGACAACACCCGAGGCAGAGAGUCCCCCGGAGGAUCUUGAAGGGGAUGAAGAUGAGAACUAUGAGGCUAGUGGGAAAGGAGAGAAUACAAACCCUCCAAAGAAAGUUGAAAAAACUGAAGAGAAACCCACCGCAACUGUCCCUGUGAAAUAUACGGAGAUAGAGAAAGAGACAAAGCCGUCACCACAAACUGACCCUAGCAAACCACCAAUCACUCGAUCUAAGCUUCCAACCACAUCCGAGCCAACGGAACUACCUAAAGAGUCAACAACAACAAAGGAUCCAAAGCUUGACCUAGUGAAGGAGUUCGUGAACUCUUUUGAGCCAGGACCAGUCAUCCUUCCCAUGAAUGAUAAGGACGAACCAAAAGUCUCUGCAGAGCAAGAAUAUCCUGGCAUUGGCAAAGACGCCUAUGAGAAAGUAGAGAAAAUGAAAGAAGCGGCCGAAGGGAAAAACAAACCUCAGCAGUUGAGAAGCCAAUCAAAGUUGGAGGAGAGUAGUGAUCCGGGAUUAAGCAUUGACCUUGACCUGCCUGGCGUUGAUGUGCAGAUUGAUGCUGAUGCUAAUGGAAUAAAGAUUGAUGCAGCAGGUGCAGGGGAGGAGGUCAUUGUGUUUGAUGGCAUAACCACAACGGCUGAACCCACCCAUGAGCAUCAUGAAAAGCACGACUUCAAGACAAUGUUCUUUAUUUACUUCUUUGCCACUCUGGGUAUUCUACUCACCAUCACGCUGGUGGUACUCAUCAUCAUCGUCACUAGACUCAAGCUCUCCAGACCAAAGUCGACAAAGAAAGACACACCUCUGCUCUCUGAACAGGAGAAGAUUGCUGUCAUGAAGCAGUCAGGGUAUGUCAACCCAACCUACAAGUUCUUUGAUGACGUGAAAGACGUAUAGAACAAAGCCAGGUCCAUUUCAUGUUAUUGUUUUUUUGUCUAUAUAAUUAUUUUAGUCGACAAGCAGCAAAAAUACCACUUAUUUUGUGUCAUAGAAAGGCAGUGGACUUUAUCCUUGUGUCUGUACCCAAUCUUGUUGUUUUUUAAACCAGCUUACAUGCAGUAUAAUUAUACAUGUAACAUUAUUUUAUUUGUCAAAAAUUUAA